UGUCCCAUUCCUGAACCCGGAAAAUCAUCAGAAAAUCCUAAGUCCAAUAAAAUGGGGUGGGGUAUGGUCGGAAACAGAAUGCCCUGGAUCAAUAUUAUAAUUGUUCUGUCGACUUCCUUGUCACACCCCAGAGCCUGGCAAAGAAUUACACUAGGCCUAAUCGGGUGAGGUUACGGAUGACCUCAGUGACAUAACAAUUACGUAUUCUCCAAAACAGUAUAAGAGAAGUUGGACAGUUCUUGUGUACUCAUUGAUGUUUUUGUCAGAGGUUCGAUUUGUUAAUCGACGAGAUGCGUUUGUUUUGGAUUUUUUGCUUUGCCAUUGGAUUUUGGGUCGUGAAUUCGAUGGAUAACGGUGACGACGGUGAUGGUGGCGGUAAUGGUGGGCAUGGUGAUGGUGGUGACGACGGAGGUAAUAAUGGUGCGGCUAACGAAGGCCAAGAAAGGAGACAUCUUCAUGGCUACAGCUUGAAUCAGCGUUUGGACUACGUGGAUACUUUUAGGCUGCACCAUGCGAUGGGCAUUGCGCAUGCCCGGUCUUGUCGUUCUUUUGCCGUACAUCACCGCAUCCAUCCAAGGACAUUCUCAAGAUGGCUAGACCAGUAUGAAGAGAUGUCGGAACGCCGCGACAGGUGCACCCAAAUUGAGAGGAGACGGCGGAGGAUUCGGCAGCAUGGCAAUGAUGAACAAGCGUUUUGGGCAGACAUGGAAAAUCAGCUCAACGACUGGUUUAUUCAACGCCGCCAGCAUGGAAUUCCAGUAUCCGGGAUCGAUCUCCAGUCACAAGCAGCCAGAGAAUACAGACAAUGGUGGACUAAUCUGACGGAGGAACAAAGGCAGCAGACGAGAGCGCAAAGGCCUCGCAAUCAGGAUUUCCGAGCGUCAGAUCACUGGCUGACCCGAUUCAAAGAAAGAAAAAGAAUAAGCCAUCGAAGAAAGAAUAAGGACACGCGAACCCUCCCCGACAACGCUAUGGAAAUAGCGGCCGUCUAUCGUAGGGAAACGUCUCAAAUCAUCCAAAAUGGAAAUUUCCAUGUGAUCAUCAACAUGGAUGAAACAUUUGUCAACUUUGACAUGGUGCCGAAAACCACAAUGGCUACAACAGGAUCACAUUCGAUCGACAUCAGAUCCUCAAGAGGGAACGGGAAGAUUGGAUGCACGGUAACCUUGGCCGUCUCCAGCGAUGGACGAAAACUACCAGCUGAGGUCAACUUUAGGGGCUUGGAUGCUGAAGGCGAAGUUAUUGCAGAACUGCGAGCCCAUGCUCCCCAGAACGUGCGAGUAAGUAAACCUUUUCAUUAACUAAUCCUGGUUUAUUAGCUGUUAGAUGACCAUAUCAUCUUCAACUGCCAAUGGA